UUCCGAAGAGCAAAAACGUGUUGAGAGGAGGCAGGUUUAAGAUUUCAAACGGAAACCUCCCCAGCGCGCAUGAAAGGACUUGAUUAGCAUAUGUCAAGAGGACCCGCUUAUAUACUGUGUGUAUGUACACAGGACUCUGAUCUGAUCAGUUUGCGGAGUUGAAGCCCCAGCCCCCAGCCCCAGCCCCCGUAUUGGCAGCGGCAGCUUAUAGAUGUUUCUGCAAGGCCAGCAGCCGGCUCCCACCUACCCCGGGAGAGAAGACCGCUCCAAGACAGUGAAAGCGUCCCUGCUCUGAGUGCAAAGUCCAUCCUGCGACCUCACAGGAGUAACCGGGCCUUAACUUUUUUUUUUUUUUUUGGCGCUUGUUUGGCCAUCAUUUUUUCUCAUCCACCUCCCCAUCCUCGCUACCGUAUUGCUUGUAGGGUGGGGGUGUCUUUUGUUUUCCGGAUCGGCCGCCUCGCCCUCUGGCCGUUCCAUGGCUCCCUUAGCCGAGGUCGGGGGCUUCCUGGGCGGCCUGGAGGGCCUGGGCCCGCAGGUGGGCCCGCACUUCCUGCUGCCUCCUGCCGGGGAGCGGCCGCCUCUGCUGGGCGAGCGCCGGGGCGCGGCGGAGCGCGGCGCCCGCGGGGGCCCCGGGGCGGCGGAGCUGGCGCACCUGCACGGCUUCCUGCGCCGCCGGCAGCUCUACUGCCGCACCGGCUUCCACCUGCAGAUCCUGCCCGAUGGCAGCGUGCAGGGCACCCGGCAGGACCACAGCCUCUUCGGUAUCCUGGAAUUCAUCAGUGUGGCAGUGGGACUUGUCAGUAUUAGAGGUGUGGACAGUGGUCUUUACCUUGGAAUGAAUGACAAAGGAGAACUAUAUGGAUCAGAAAAACUGACUUCUGAAUGCAUCUUUAGGGAGCAAUUUGAAGAGAACUGGUAUAAUACCUAUUCAUCGAACAUAUAUAAACAUGGAGACACUGGCCGCAGGUAUUUUGUGGCACUUAACAAAGAUGGAACUCCAAGAGAUGGUGCCAGGUCCAAAAGACAUCAGAAAUUUACACAUUUCCUGCCCAGACCAGUGGAUCCAGAAAGAGUUCCUGAACUGUACAAGGAACUACUUAUGUACAGUUGAAGGGGGUUGGUGUCUUUACUGAAGAACCAAACUACAUCUCUUCUUUCUUGUUUCAGUUCUCAUCAUAAAACAGGAACCCAGGACAACAUUCAGAAUGUUAUGGUGUCUGUUUUCCACUGGGAUACUGACUUUGGAAAGAAUAUUGAAAACAAGAAACAUUUUCACUUGAAGUAGGUCAAGAUCUCUUUUUUACAAGUGGAUUUAGUUCCCUUGGGUACACUGGCUCAGUCCUCACUCAUAGAUUGAAGCUGAAAAUCUGUUCAACUGUGAUCCUGGGAACUCAACUUAGUUUGCUGCUGGUGCCUCACCUCUCUGGAGUAUGUUUCCUUUGAAGGUUACAUUACAAAUAGAUACUUCAUGUUGAAGAGAUGAAUUGACAUAUUUGGCCAAGAUUAUUGCUAUAUACAUUCUAAGAACCUUCUAGGAUUUUGCAGGUGAUGACGUUAUAUGUAAAAAGUUGGGGUGAAACAUGGAUUAGGAAACAUGCCACACCAAGAUGGACCAUUUUUUUUAAAGGAUGGACCUAUUUAUACAUUUUCAGUUGGCAAAUAUUUAUUAUAUAUAUUUAUUUAUUACAGAGUUUAUUUUUUACUGGUAUAUGAAGAUAAUACGAAGAGAAAAAAAACAACCAAAAUUUCUUUAUUGUGCCAUUCCUUUGUUGUGAUGUCUUUGGCUGUCAAGAAGACUUCGUGAUUGCUACACAUUAAGCAUAGAAUAAGAUCCUGAAUUUCUUUUAAAAAAUGAAGUAGAGCAUAGAUUAUAUAUUUUUUGCAAUCAGUUGCCUUCUAAAUGUAACAUUGGUUUCUUUGGCCUAGAAAAAUUCUGUAUCAAUUUGUACUGAAUUUAACACACAUUCAAAAAGGGAAAUAAA